AUUGCCAUCCUUCAACUCAACAAUUAAAAAAAAACACGAAGGAUCGAGUUGUUUCUGUAAUGCUUAUUUCUCUGCGAAAUAAAAGUUAUUUUUAUCGGGAUCUGAUAUAUUUAAUUAAUCAUUGGAUUUUCGGUUCGCGAGUUUCGACGGAUAGUGUUUUCCCGACGUGCCCACACGAUGUUUGACCGCGGGAGCGUUACGGGCCACAGUUCAUUGCCUUAUGUAAAACUUGAAAUGGUGUUUCUUCCGUGAGUGACCGAAAUAAUACGGUGGUUUAUGUGUACAUUGUGUGUGAGUGAAUUUAAAGUAUUACAAUGUCGAUUUCGACGGCACAAGUGUUGAUGAAGAAGGGCAAGAGAGGUGCAGCCGCGUACAUCAGCGCGGAUUGCGCGAGCGGGUCCCCUCAGCACCUCGGGCCGCUGCUGGAUGUGCUGCUGAACCCCAGCAAGGCCAUCGACGAGUGGGAAACGAUCGACUGGUGCCGCUGGCUGCUGGCCGGCGGCCGCACGCCCGACGAGUUCGCGGCUGUCGUUCGCAGCUACGACAAGCACGACAAAUGCGGCCUCGUGUGGAUCCCCCGCGUCGUCGCGUACCGCUGCCGCACUUGCGGCAUCUCUCCCUGCAUGUCCAUCUGCCGCGAGUGCUUCCACCGCGGCGACCACUCCACGCACGACUUCAACAUGUUCCUGUCGCAGGCCGGCGGCGCGUGCGACUGCGGCGACAACUCCGUCAUGAAGGAAGACGGAUUCUGCAGCAACCAUGGAAACAAGUGCCCUCGACCGGGCACCGCGCCCGCCGAACUCAUGUGCGUGGCUGAAGCCAUGAUGCCUCGACUCAUACUCAGGCUACUCCAGCACUUUAGAGAGAACAGCGACCAACCCUCGGGCCAAGCACAACCUACAUCGAACAGCUACCGCAUAGCGGUCCAAGAGUGCGAGGGCUACGUGCAGAUGUUGAUGGAGUUCAACAACAUGGGCGACCUGAUGCGCUCCGCCAUGACCAAGGCGCUCAUCAACCCUCAGAUGUACAGAAACUUGGUGGAGCCUCCCUUCCCAGAGACCGAGUACGGCGGCUACAUGGCCGAGUCAAACCGCACCUACGAGAAGGCGCUCGACUCCUUCCCGGCGCCCGAGUAUUUUCCAGACGAAUACCGCCACCUCCCCGCGCUCGCGCCACGGCUGUCGCACAACACGUUACUAGACGAGUUCAUCUUCUGGACGUUCAAGUACGAGUUCCCGCAGAACGUGGUCUGCUUCCUGCUCAACAUGCUGCCCGACCAGGACUACAAGGAGCACCUAACGCGCACGUUCGUGAUGCACUACGCGCGCAUCCCGCUCGUGCUGGAGGCGGCCGGCGACCCCGACAUGCUGUCCAACCGGGUCGUCCACAUGUCCGUCCAACUCUUCUCCAACGAGGCCCUAGCGCUACGCUGCGUCCAACAACUACAUCUACUGCACGUCAUGGUUUUGUCUCUAAAACUAAUGAUGGGAAAGAUUCUUGUACAGAAUACCCUCCAUGACCCGGAGAAGAACACGCAUAAAGUGAUAGACUGUACGCGACGAGUGAUGAAGGAGCACUGCUACUGGCCUCUGGUGUCGGACUUCAACAACGUGCUGUCGCACAGGAGCGUGGCGCUGCUGUUCCUGCAGGACGACGCUCUCGUCGAGAUGUGGUUCCAGUUCCUGUCCAUGCUGCAAGGAAUGAACGUAAACGUCCGGGAAACAGACGGCCACAUCGAGUUCGAGCCGUCCUCGUACUACGCCGCGUUCUCCUGCGAGCUAGAAGCGGCCGCGUAUCCGAUGUGGUCCGUCCUGUCCCACCUGACGAGUCCGGAACACGCCCCUCUAGCCAAGAGGCUAGUCGCCGCGGCGGCUAAUUGUCUGCAAGAGUGGCUCGACGAGAUGCAGUGCACCACUCCAAGAGCGCUCCAGGCCGGCACCAUGCACGCGUCGUUCCACUUCCCGCUGCACCGCUACCUGGCCGCGUUCCUGUGCAGCUGCGUGCGCACGCUCGGCGUGCCGGCGGCGGCCGUGCUGCCCGCGCCGCGCGUGCUGGCCCUGCUCGCUCACCACCCGCUCCGGGUCCAGAGUUUGUUCUACGAGAUCCUUGCCGGCAUCUGGGUGCGCAACGGGCUGCAGAUCAAGGGGCAGGCCAUGACGUACAUCCAGGCCAACUUCUGCAACUCCAUGGUGGACAUGGACAUCUACUGGCUGCAGAUCUGCGCCGCGCACCUCCCCGCCGACCAGUUCCUCGACAUGUGCAUCGACAUGUUUGGCGUCCGCGAGUGGCUGAGCAUGGUGCCAAUGCCGCCCGUCCAGGCGGCCGAGCAGGACGCCAUGGUGGAGGGCCUGCUCACCUUCCUAGCUAUCCUCGUCUCUUCACGGACCAACCUCGGCAACGACGAAUUAACGCAAUCUCGGCUGGAAGUGAGCACACUGCUGGCCGCCGGGGACAAGACCCACUCACAACUUCUAGAACUAAUGCCGGAGCGCUCCGGAAACGCACACACCAGGAACUUCGAAGUUGUCCUUAAAGAGUUAUCAACGUACCGGCCGCCUCCGCGCGGCUCCGAGAACCUCGAGCAAGGCCUCUUCGUGCCCACCCCCCUCGUAUGGCAGAAAUACUACGACCCCCUGCACGUGCUGCGCCGGGCAGUCCACAGAAGGGACUUCCACGCCUCCAUGGAGCGGUUCACCGCCUAUGUGCGCGAGAAGCAGAAGGCAUCCGGGCAGCCCAGUACAAGCAAGCCCGGCGAGGGAGCGGCGCUGUGGCCGCCGUUACGACCCGCGGCCGCGCCGCCCCCUGAAGCCGGGGACCCGAGGGCCAUCUGCGCGUCAGGGGUGCUGCACGGCGCGCUGCUGGGCGUGCUGCACCGCGGCGUGCACCGGCGCGCGCCCGACGCCAGCGCGCCGCACGCGCCGCCCGACCACGUGCUGGCGCUCGCCGUCUACCUGCUCGACGUGGGCGCCGCGCUGGCCGCCGAGCGCGCCACCGACCAACACCUGGACGUGAUGGUGGCGGGCGGCGAGGGCGGCUCGCGCGGCGCGGCGGUGUCGGGGCGGCCGCUGCUGUCGGCCCUGACGGGUUCGCUCCCGGACAACGCGCGCACCGUGGUCGCCCGCCUGCCGCCGCCCCGCCCAACCCGGCCCCAGCCCGGGCCCGUCUACCCGCACCACGCGCACUCCGACAGUGACACGGAGUGGGAGCCGACGGAAGCAGAGUCGGCGCGGAUAUCGCCGAUGAAGUCGGCGCUGCUGUCGGCCAUGAGCACGGCGCUGGCGGUGCCCCCGAAUCUAGAUAUGGUGGCCAACUCCGCACAGCCAGGUGACACCGACGACCAGUCCGACGGCGGCGGCGACGCCACGGAGAUCAGAGCUUUAGAGAGUGGCAGUAUCAGCUCGGAUGCGGAAGGCAGUCGAGCCCUCGCCCUGCCGAUGCCGAUGGCUGGCGCCGACGCCGACAUGGCCGACGACAUGUCGCUGGCACUCCAAGAGCGGGAGCCGUCACCCCCUGCCUCGAUACCCAUCGAAUACGACGUGUCGACCCCCGAGUGGAGCGUGAGCCUGCGAGAGGAUUCCCCGCCGCUGUCGCACGCGCUGCCGGGCACCGACCCUCAACCUUCUACCAACACACAGGUGCAGCUGCACACGGGCGCGGACGACUCGAUCCCCGUGAACGAGUCCAUCAUCUCCCUGCUGCUGAAGCUGCACUCGCAGCUGUCGGGGCGGCUCGACUCCUUCUCGCUCGAGGAACCGGAGCCGGCCCUAGACGAGCCCAUCGGUGACGGGCCGCACUUCAUCGGGCAAGUGUUGCGCAAGCUGGCGCGGCUGGACGCGCGCUGCGCGGCCGCCAUCGCGCACGUGCGGCACUCGCUGUGGCCGCACCAGCGCGAGCGCCAGGCCGAGCAGCGCGCCAGGGAACGACGCGAGAAAGAGGAACGCUCCCGCCGCGCCCGCGAGCGCCAGCAACAGAUGAUGAAGGAGUUCCAACGUCGCCAGCAGCAGUUCCUGAGCGCCAUGCAGCGCAUGGAGCCCGAGCCCAUGGACCUGGACGCAGACUCCGACUACGACUGCGUCAUCUGCAACACCAGCUCCGUCUCCACGCCGCAGCACCCCAUCGGCAGGGUGGUGCUGCUGCAGUCCACCUCCGUGCUGGGCCACCGCCGCCGCCAGGACAGUGGCGGCGCACGUCUAGCAUUAUCGGAGCGCGAACGAGCGAGACUCGCGGAACAGCGAGACACGACCGCGGCGGCCCACCACUACCGGCUGCACGACGAACUGCAGCAACACUUCGACCAGGAAGCGUGGCUGCUGUCGGUGUCGGUGGGGCAGGAGGGCGGCGUGCACGUGGCGUCGUGCGGCCACCACCUGCACGUGCGCUGCCUGGCCGCCUACCUGCGCGCGCUGGCCGCGCCCGCGCGCCCGCACAACCUGCACGUGGCCGGCGGCGAGUUCCUGUGCCCCGUGUGCCGCCAGCUGGCCAACAGCGUGCUGCCGUUACCGCCGCGCAGCGCCAUCCCGCCGGCCCCGCCCACGCCGCCGCAUGAAGCCGUGCGGGAGAUGCUGCUGCGCACAUACCCACAGCCUGCCCCUAGCGCGCUGACGGACGCGAUGAACAAGGCCAUGGAGGACAUGACAGCGACGGCCAGCACGAAGCUGCGGCAACGGUACGGCUCCUCGCCGGCGGCCAUCUUUACCUUUGUCACUUCACUUGUGCGCACGAACCUAGAGUGCGAGUUGGUGCAGCGCGGAGGUUCCCUAGUGACUCCGGAACCCGAACCGGCUUCUUCUUCCACGGCGGAACCCAGGCCGCGGUACAAGCCCCGGAACGACUGCAUAGUCCCGCUGAUGGUGGUGGCGGGCGCGCACGCGCGGCUGCUGCGCUCGGGCGGCUCGCCGGGCGCGGCGGCCGCGUGGCAGGAGCUGCGCCCCCCGGCCGCGCCCCUCGCGCCCCCCGCCGGGCCCGCCGCGCCGCCCGUGCCGGCGCCGCAGCAGCGCCCCGUGCCGCUGCUGCUGCGGGACCCGCUGGCGCUGCUGAUGCACUUCCUGCUGCUGGCGCCGCAGGACCCGCCCUACAUGGCUCCGCAGCACUUCACGUGCAUAGUGCAGGCGCUGUACGCGCUCAGCUACUACCAGAUCGUGUGCCAGUUCCUGGCGUGCGCGUCGGCGGGCGGGCGCGUGGCGCUGGGCGCGGCCGCGCAGGGGGCGGGGGCGGGGCCGCGCGAGGGGGCGGGGCCGCACGAGCCCUCGGGGCUGGCGCAGGCGGCCAGGCUGCUGCUGCAGGCGCUGGCCGGCUCCGAGCUGUUCACCGAGGACGAGCCCGGCGCCAGCGAGGACGUCGACCUGCCCGUCAUGGAGCGGCAGCUGCAGGAGCUGCUGCUGCCGUUCCUGCGCGUGUCGGCGCUGCUGCGGCACCACCUGUACGGCGGCGCGCUGCCCGCCGUGCCGGCGCCCGAGGCGGAGUUCCCGGCGCUGCUGCACUACCUGGAGCUGUGCACCAGCGCCGCCGGGGACGUGGCCGCCGCCGCGCUGCCCGAGCAUGCGCCCCAGCUGGCCAGGGCGGCCGCCAGGAGGCUGAGCCAGGCGGCCCGCGGCGGGCGGCUGGCCGUGCGGCGCAUCCUGCGCGCGCUGCACGUGUCGUGGCUGCCGCCGGCGCUGCUGGCGCUGCCGCGGGACUACGACCGCCUGUUCUCGUACUACCACGAGCGCGUCUGCCUGCAGUGCGGCGCCGUGCCCAAGGAGGCCUCCGUGUGCCUGCUGUGCGGGACCCUGGUGUGCCUCAAGCAGCCCUGCUGCCGCCAGCACCAGGUGGCCGAGGCCGUGCAGCACGCCAUGGAGUGCGGCGGCGGCACGGGCAUCUUCCUCGUGGUGACGUCCACCUACAUCAUCGUGAUCCGCGGCCGCCGCGCCUGCCUCUGGGGCUCGCUCUACCUGGACGACUACGACGAGGAGGACCGCGACCUCAAACGCGGCAAGCCGCUAUACCUGUCCAACGACCGCGCGGAACUCCUGCAGGCGCAGUGGCUGGCGCACCGCUUCGACCACACCAAGCGCACCUGGGUGUGGCACCGCGACUCGCUGUGAGCGGCCAUCUGAAACUGCCGGGCUUCGCGACGACCCGAUCCCUCCCGCACCACUUUUUAACGACCAAACGAACAAGCUCGCAGGACUUGUACACUCUAGGAAUUUGAUUUCUUUGACACUUCGU